AAUAUGCAUAUAUGUAUUGGAAAAUAGUAAAAUACAGCAUUUCCUCUAUCUAAGAACCCUAAUUGCAGAGAACAUGAUACUCAGAUUGAGUGAUUGGACCAGUGUACAGAGCUUCCAAUUGCAGCAGUGUAUCCCCAUCAAUGAAGAACCACGUUCUGCAACCUCAAUUUCAAAGAGGAGCAUCAAUUUUGGUAACCAGAGAAGAGGAAAAUCAGUGAUAGUUUGCGGGCUCCGUGCAAGCUUCAGAAAGCGACAACCUUCAAGAGUGAUAUCAAAAGAGGGGAUUCAAGUAAUCCACGCUCUCAAAUUGGCAAAAUCCUCAGAGCAGAAGCUCUAUCAAGUUCUCAAUGAAAAACUCACCAGGCUCUUGAAUGCUGAUGCUUUAGACCUCUUGGGUGAAUUGCAGAGACAAAAUGAACUCCAUUUAUCACUCAAGGUUUUUAAUUUUCUUCGUGAAGAACCAGGGUUUGACGCACUGCUGCCGUUGUAUUCUGACAUGAUAUUAUUGCUGGGAAGAAACAAGAUGGUUGGUGAGGCUGAAGAGUUGUUUUCUCAGGUGGUGGAAAAGGGGUUAAAACCAGAUACGAGGAUGUUUACUGAGAUGAUUGGGGUGUAUUUGCAAGGUGGUAACACAGAGAAGGCUAUGGAGUUGUACAGGUCCAUGAAGGCUUCUGGGUGUUCACCGGAUAAGUUGACGUUUACCAUAUUGAUCAGGAGCCUUGAAAAGAGUGGAGAACAGGAGUUGGUGGAGACCUUGAAACAAGAGUGUGUUGACUAUAUUGACUUGCCUGAUAAAUUCAUUCAACAAAUCGAGCAAAAACAGGUAAAAGAGGGACAUGUCAAUCUUGUAUGAAAAUUUUCAGCAGCAGAUGGUGGCUCUACUGGUUUUGUUGGAGUGAUGAAUAAUAGAUCAUCCAACUUCAUUGUUGUAUUUUGUAUCAUUUUGUUGGAGGUUCACCAGGAGCCUUCCUUCACACAUAUCUCUGUCUAUUCUUAGCGGCAGUCAAAUCCUGUGGUAAUGAUGUGUGAUUGGCAACAAUGGUUAUGACUUAGUUGGUGGGUAGCCAUGUCCCGGUGUUGCUGUAAUGCUGAUAGUGUCAUUUGUACCUUUGAUCUUAACAAUAAUAAAAAUGAUGCAAGGUUGUUGCAGCAAAGCUGACUAGCUUUUAGCUUGGAAAUCAAAUCAUAAUGUUCAUUA